UACAGUACACAAGGUCUCUCGUACUUUUCCCACCUUCCAACUAGCAGUCCUCACUGCUUUCUCCCUAAGUGCAUGAAAAGAGUUAAAAGUUCCUUCAUUGAGCCAUUUGGGUGAGAAGUGUUAAAUGAAAGGAAGAAAUCUCCACCAGAGUAGUUCCUGCAGAAAUUCAAGACUGGGUGUGUAAUCAGAUUUGAUUCAAAGAAAAAGAAGAAAGAAAAAAGAAGGAAAAAAAAGACCAUGGGUGACAACUUUCUUUUUGUAUCGAGAAGUUUACAGGGAACUCUUCAGAGUCACAUGUCAAGCCAGUACAGAGGUGAAUCCCCUUGAUUUAACUUUCUUUUUCGCUCAGGCUUGUGGCCAGAGUAAGCCCUCAGGAAGGUGCUGGCUUGGAAAAUCCCUUUGACUCAGAUUUCAGACAGAGAUUGUGCUUAAUCAUGAUUUCAUUACUGGAACUACACAGCAAUAGUAAGGAGUACCCUUAAGAGUGAGUUGUGGAGACCUGGGAUCAAGUGGAAUUUCUGAAGAACACUUACAAGGGCAGCCCAGCUUCCAGUGGAAGGAGGCAUCUGCAAUGGCUUCUAAAUCUCAAGCUUUUUCAGGCAAACAAGUGCCAUUUCAUUAUGAAAAUGAAGUCUGCAGACAAGCCUACUUUAUUAAAUCACCACCCCCUCAGCUUUUCUCCUCCCAGCCCUCCUGGAAAAGUCGGUAUUUCGUCCUGUCAAAAAAUAAGGAAAAUUGCUACAGUCUUCAGUAUUUUAAAGACCAUCACUGCCGGGGUUCCAUUGAAGUUGAUCAAAUUUCCAGUAUAGAAGUUGGCAUCAGUGACCAUGAGAAAAUGAUAUCAAUCCAAAAGAUGUUUAAAUGCCUACCCAAGGAAGUGAUGUCCAUUAAAACCCCUAAAAGAGAUUACUAUCUCAUUGGCAAAGACUGGAGGAUAAUUGAAGACUGGGUCUCCUUCAUAUCAUCAUCCUGCCUGAAUCCGAAAGUUACCCAUCAGAAUAUAAAGAAUCUAAAUCUUGUAAAUCAAGAUUUCAGAAACAAGGCCAGUGCUGUACAACCUCUUGACUCAACAGGAAACCAGAACAUCUAUCAAAUCAUUCCAGAAAUCUGUGAUGAUGAUCAGGAGAAGCAUUCCUCAAAAGACAAAAGGCCUGUUUCAGAUCUUGGCCUUUCUUUUAAUCCUCCUAGUUUACCAGAGGACAACACAUGCUCAAGAAAGAGUCUCCCAAACAUGAAAGAACUUCCUCUCACUCGAUCACAUGCAGUGAAAGUGAAAUUGAAAACACCAGAUCAUUUGCCCCAGUCCCAAAGGAAAGAUGACGUUCUUCUUAAGCAGUAUCAAAUAGAAGAGAAUUCUUCAAGACUAAGCCAGUCUCUUCAGAUGAGUGAUUUAGCUCCUGAGACCCAACAAGAGACAGAAGAAGAGAAAUAUUAUCUUACUCCUCGAAGUGUUCUUGCCCAGUUGGACAGUGUAAUUGCUUCCAGUGAAGACAAAGAAUUGAAUGAAUCCAAACAGCCAGACAAGGUUGUCAAGCCAACUGAUCCCUCUCUACAUGACAAUGAGAUGUCGUUUUAAUGAAAAAAAAUCCAGCAACCUUCUGACAGCAAAGAUGAAGCUCAGGCCUUUCCGGAGAACCAGGCUGAGAGGUUCAACCUGCAGGGACAAGGGCUGAAGUGGCAGUGUCAUUCAUCCGGGAGUGAAGGACCUAACACCAAGAACCAGAGAGAGAGAUCCUUUUCAUUCUCCGUUGUGCAGCUAUCCAGAAUAAUCAAUAAUAUACCUCCUGGAAGCCCCCUGGAAGAGGUGGAUGUAUUCCUUUCCAAGAAUGACAUCAACAACUACCUGACACUCACACAAGUUACAGGUCAUAUAUGUGUGGCUCAUUGGAAAGGCCCCCCACACUUGGGUUGUAUAUUUCACCAUGGUGAUCGAUUAUCAGCGGUGAAUGACCUUACUUAUACUCUGGAGGAAGUAAGCUUAUUCCUGGACAGAUCCUUAAGGAAGGAGGUGAAAUUGACCAUCUGCCGGAUCCCUGAUUCAGAUAAAUUCCACACUGUGCCCUGUGUCUGCACUUGAAAAACACCAUUUUGGCUAAGGUCAGGGUAGUAACUAUGCCCUUUACAGAUAAGUGGUGAAAGAAUAUGAAAAAGUGUCUAUCGAUAAGAAUUUCAGUAAGAAUGGACGAGGAAGAGUGAAUACUAACAUAUCAAAAGGAUGCUUCAAAUUACUAGUAAUAAGAGUAAAUGCAAAAUUGAAACAACCUUGCAGUUUUACCUCACACCCAGCAAACUGGAAAGAUGACAGAAGAUGGGAAGAGUCAAUGUUGGAUGGGUUGUAGAAAAAUGGAUACAAUCAUACAUUAUUGGUAGAGCUGUUAAUUAGUCCAAUUGUUCUGGAAAGCAAUUUGGAAUUACGUGAAGUGGCCUAAAAUAGGUGCUAGGAUAGACCCUAAGGUGAUCAGGAACAAAAAGAAACUCUCUACAUAGGCCAAAAUAAUAAACAUUUUUUUGUAAACUGGAAACAGAGUAGAUGUCUACUCAUCAGAAAAUGAUUAAAUAAAUUAUAGUAUGUGACUUUAUGGAUA